AAAAGAAAAAAUAAAUUUAAAAUACUGUUUGCCCUCUCAGCUCUCCUCCCCGUAACAUCUAUUUAUUCCCACCUCAGUCCCUCCUUUUUUCUCAUUGCAAUUUCUCCUCCAACAAAAUCCUCUUACUUUCCCCCCCUCAAAACACACACACACACACACACAUUGAGGUUAGUGCUCAUAUAUAGGUAUCCAAAAAAGUUCCCAACAUUUCUCAAUUUUGAGGAAAAAUGUCAAUUUUGUGGUUCUCCAUAAUUGGUCUCAUUUGUAUAUUUAUUAAUUGUGUUCAUGGCAAUGAAGGAGGAUGGAUUGAAGCUCAUGCAACUUUCUAUGGUGGUGGUGAUGCUUCCGGAACCAUGGGUGGAGCAUGUGGUUAUGGGAAUUUGUACAGCGAAGGAUAUGGUACAAACACAGCAGCAUUGAGUACAGCACUAUUCAACAAUGGGCUGAGUUGUGGAGCAUGCUUUGAGCUUAAGUGUGUGGGUGAUUCGAAGUGGUGCCUUCCAGGCUCAAUAGUGGUCACUGCAACCAAUUUUUGCCCUCCAAAUUUUGCUCUUCCAAACAAUGCUGGUGGGUGGUGCAAUCCUCCUUUGCAUCAUUUUGACCUCUCUCAGCCUGUUUUUCAACAAAUGGCUCAGUAUAGAGCUGGGAUUGUCCCUGUUGCUUAUCGAAGGGUACCAUGCCAGAAAAGGGGAGGCAUCAGAUUCACAAUGAAUGGUCACUCGUAUUUCAACUUGGUGCUGGUGACCAACGUGGGAGGUUCAGGAGAUGUCAAUGCAGUUUCAGUUAAAGGGUCUAGAAGUGGCUGGAUGCCUAUGUCACGCAAUUGGGGUCAAAAUUGGCAGAGUAAUUCAUUUCUUGAUGGUCAAAUUCUCUCAUUUAAGGUUACUACAGGUGAUGGCCGCACUGUUAUCUGCAGCAACGCUAUCCCUGCUGGAUGGUCCUUUGGCAAAACUUACACCGGCGCACAGUUCAAUUAGGGAUCAUUUGAUAAGUAAGAAUAUAAUUAAGAAAAUAAAUCUAUUGCAAGUGUGAUAAAUUAGGACUACUACUUAUUAGUGUCGAUGGGAAGAGCUUAUUUUAAAGUGGCUCUAAACCAUUUUCUUCUUCUUAUUAAUUUGUGAGUUUUAUGAUGGUUAUUAAGAUAUGAAGUGAUAAGUUUCUGUCUAAUGGUCAUUUUAGGGAGAGGACAGAAAUUAGGGGCAGAGGUGGUGGAUUUUAUUGUCACCACCCGCCACACUACUUCAUUAUAUUGUUGGGGAUUAAUUACUAGCAUAGAGGUACUAAAACUAUUUUCGUUUUUUGUUAUUUCUUAUUUUGGUUGUAUGAAAUUGGAGUGGAUGUUAGAAAUUACGAAAAACAGUUUAUUGUGGUGCUUUGGUUUUA